GACAUCAAGAAUCAGACCUGCCUUUGCCACUUCAAGGUUAUGAAUUUGAAAGUUGCCUACAUUUUCUUAGCCUUGUCUGCAGUAAUAAAUUUUAUUCUAGCUUAUUUGUUGCUGGGUAAAGAAUGGAGACCAACCACCUGUGGUACCAGGCCCCAGCAUAUCCAGAAGACAGGACAUAGCAUCCAGAAUGACCACAGCCCAGUGUUUGCUGAUCUUACCCCAGGAGAAAUGGUACAAGUGGUGAGGUAUCUGCGGGAAAGCCUUGGAGUGCCUCUGGUAGAUGCCUCUCAUGCAAAUCCCUCUGACAACUGCAUUUACUACAUCAGCAUGCAGCUCCCCACCAAGGCAGAGGUACUGCGGUUCUUGGAUCGAGGGGGAGUUCGCCCCCCACGGCAGGCACUAGCGGCUAUUUUCUUUGGAAAUCAGCCAAUGCCAAAUGUUACAGAAUAUCUGGUGGGCCCCCUGCCGAAGCCAACAUAUCACAGGGACAUCACAGUGCUGAAAUAUGGAAGGAAGCUACCAUAUUAUCGCAGACUGAUUCUACGCAAUGAGUAUAACCAGAUUGAUGCUUUUUUACAGAGCAGGGAAUUCCCCAAAGCACCAAACUUCAUGAGUCAGGUAUUUGAUUACAAUGGGACUAACCUGGCAUCUCUCAAUGUGGCCCCUCGAGGAUUUCAGUCUGGAGAUCGCAAAACCUGGAUUCUUCACUUUCAGAAUGUGCCUGGCUUUUAUGUGCAUCCUGUGGGGCUGGAGGUACUGGUUGAUCACAGCAGCCUGAAUAUCUCCCAGUGGAAGGUAUUGAAAGUAUUUUAUAAUGGCCAGUACUUUGAGGGGAUGGUGCAGCUGGAGAGUGAGUUCAAGCAGGGCCACGUGAAGGUGGACAAAGUGAAAAAAGCCCCACCUGAUGGGGGAUACUCUUCCCUGAAGCCUAGAGUGCCCCACCAGAAUCUGGGGCCCUUGCAGUAUGAGCCUCGUGGGCCUCGCUAUAGCAUCAGAAGCAACCAAGUUGUCUUCCAGGCCUGGAGCUUUGCCUUUGGGAUGGAUGUUAAUACAGGGCCACGACUCUUUGACAUUAGAUUUAAGGGGAAGAGGAUUGCCUAUGAACUCAGCCUCCAGGAAGCCUCUGCAAUUUAUGGCUCCAAUAGUCCAGGGGGGAUGUCCACCAGAUACCUGGAUGCAAGCUAUAGCAUUGGAAAAUUUGCAUUUUCACUUGUCCCAGGGGUUGAUUGCCCCUACUUAGCAACGUAUUUGGAUAGCUACUACUUAAUUGAAUCCUUCGUGCCUGAGAAGCGUGAAAACUCCAUCUGCAUUUUUGAGGAGAAUUCUGAAAUCCCUGUUAGACGCCAUUAUAACAAGAUGUACUAUGGGGGGCUGGCCGGCUCAGUUCUGGUGUUUAGGACAAUUUCAACUGUUGAAAACUAUGACUAUAUUUGGGACUUUAUAUUCCACCAGAAUGGAGCUGUUGAAGUCAAAGUCCAAGCCACUGGAUACAUAAGUUCCUCCUUUUUCUUUGGUGAUGGUACUGAAUUUGGAAGUAGGGUUGAGGAGCACACCCUCGGGACCAUGCAUAAUCAUGCCCUGCAUUUUUAGGUGGACCUAGAUAUUGGCGGUAGGUCUCUCUCCCUAUAAGAUUUGUUGUUGUUGGGCUCUUGUCACGAGGAGUAAAACAAUUGAGUUUUGCAGAUUUCGAGGCAGAAAGAAAUGGCUAUUCCUAUUUGUCAGAAUUUGCAAUCCAAUAUAGAUGGAAGAGCCUUGGAAAGAUUUUUUACUUGGCUGUGUUGGCAGAACAUGGGGACUCUAACAAUGGCUCUAAUCUCCAGUGUUUCUGUGCUUUCAGAAGGAACCACCUGGGAAAUGUCAUUCAUUUAUUAAAGUGUGAGGCAAGAAUUGUCCCACUUUGAAGUUUCCCAACUUAUUCCUGGGUGUACUUUGUAGCCGUGUUGGUCUGAGACAAAAAGACAUACAAAAAACUAGAACUCUUGGUUCCAAAAUCCUGGCAUUUUCACCUUGAUUCUUGGGCUGUUUCCUUUCCAGUUUUGAGCCAACACUGAUUGAUCUAACUGGAAAGAGCUGGAAAAUCACUGUCCAUCUCUUACACUGGGUUUUUUCUGUGCAAGUACUAAUUACUGCACAUGCACAGACAGGGAGGUUCAGUGUUCUUCUACAUAUAAUACACCUACACACUAUGGGGUUUUGCCACUAAGCAGUCACUGUAGUGCCAAGAAUGAGGGUUUGAAGGCAUCUGCCCUAUUUGCUCCAUGGGGAGCCAGUACCUCAGGAUGUCUCAGCCUCUUGGAUAUGAUUAUCAUCAUAGUUCCUUCAUGUUGUCUGUCUUCAUUCCUUCGUGGGGGAUGCUGAGCCAAGCCUAGGGACAUGAACUGGUGCUGGAGGCAAACCUUACAGAUGGGUUAACUGGUAUUUGGUGGUGAUUUAAAACCAUCAUGUCUCUGUCCUAGGGCCAACCUUCUGGUGUCUCUGCUAAAAAUCCUUUCUCACUGGUUUGUCUUUGUGUUUACCCAGUCUUUUGCACACCUUUUCUGCUGAUUCAUCUUCUCUUACUGGUUAAGACUUGCUUGCUGCAAGACCUUGAAUUGAUUGGAGUCUUGUGACAUGCUCCUGCUCUCAAAUUCUUGGCUUUCCCUGACACUUUUUCAGUUCCCCUGCUCUGCUAGAUCGCUGCAAAUUGAGAAGUAGAACUACAGGUUUCCCUUGUCAACUGCUGGGCUUAGGUUCCUGAAAGUUCCCGUG